AUGCAUUCCCUCUUUAUCCUCGCCGUCCUGGCGUUGGUACAAGCAGUAUACCCGCACCAUUUGCCACGCCAUCAGCACAGACGGCAAGCAUCAAUCUUGGCGCCCGAAAAUACCACGGACUCCUCAAACUUGGGAAGAGGACGGCUAGUCAACGUUUUUCAGCCAAUUUCUUACGAUCGGCCCAUCUUGGUCCCAACUAGAGACGAUCACCCCCAAAAGCCCGUGGGCGUGCGCCAUGACGGACCGAUUCAGACCAACAAAUUCUACGCCAACUUCUUUGCCAACAAUCAGGACAACGCUACAUGGACACAUCCAUACUCAGUUUGGUGGUCGAAUGACACGAUCAAGCAGGGCCAUGGCCUUUCAAUAUCCCAUACGAGCCGGGAAGAUUUCAUCUACGGCUCCGGAGACCCAGCAAAAUCCUUCGAGGACCCUUUGUUCAAACAGUCUAUCGCUCUAUCCGCACGAGAGCUGCAGAAUGGGACUGUCUUGACCACCGACUCCCUGACCUCUUUUGCGGUCAAUGUGAACUUGGCACCAAGGAAGGGAGCCGAGCCUCUUGUCACGUUUCCCCUGGUCCAAGGCAUGGCGUUUGUGACGGGAGUCUACCACGGUGCUACUGUCCUGAUUCAGUCACAAAAAGGGUUCUUGGACCUCACCAGACUAGAAGACGACUCGCGUGGGCUUGGCGCACCUGGUUGGAGAACUUGGGUGAGCGAAAAUGGGCAACCUGUCGAGUGGCUAAUUUAUGUCAACCCAAGCCGCGGCUCCCAGACACCUAAACUUACCAUGGCCAACAACGGAACUAUCGUGGGACCUGGUAACUUCACAGGGAGUGUGCAAGUCGCGAGGAACCCGAAAGGCAAAACCGGCGCUCGUAUUUUCGGCCAAGCUGCGGGAGUCUACCCCAUCGGAGGAGAAAUGAAAGGAUUGGUAUCAGGCAGAACGGGAUCGUACACAUUUUCCUGGAAGAAGGGCGGCGACAGGACCAUUCCCCUACUCAUGUUUGCUCUGCCGCAUCACGUCAAAUCUUUCGACAGCAAAACCGCCAGAGGUCUGACUGACAUCCAGCUCGCGAGCACCACAAAGGGCAUUGCAACUGCGACUUUUGGAGAUUCUUUCACCAUGAUAGAGGCCGAUCUUCCGACAGACAUGGGCUUCGAUCCAUGGUCGCCGCGUCUGGGCUCCGUCGGAUCCAGGGAAGCAAGAGGUGGAACAGUAUCCACUGAGGCCAAAGACGCGAUUAUUGCCGCUGGGAAGCUGGAGCUAGAGUUGGAUGCCAUUGCCAUCACCAAUCUGACUUCCAAAUAUUACGCUGGCAUCGCUUUCUCUAAAUACGCCAGGGCUCUCUAUGCCGUCAACAGCAUCGCCGGAGACAAGUCGUACACGAAGGAAGCCCUAUUCAAGCUUGAAGCAGCAUUUGACAGAUACGUCAAUAACCUCGAGCCGAAUCCCCUUUACUACGACAACGUUUGGAAAGGAUUGGUUUCUUCAGGGUCGUACGGCAACAACGACUCCUCAAUCGACUUUGGAAACACCUACUACAAUGACCACAAUUUCCAUUACGGCUACUAUGUCUACACGGCUGCAAUUAUAGGACACCUUAACCCAUCAUGGCUCAAGAAGAACGACUCCGUCAACAAGAUCUGGGUCAACAACUUGAUCCGAGACUGGUCCAACCCCUCGUCGGAAGACCCAUAUUUUCCAUUCUCGCGCUCUUUCGACUGGUUUCACGGGCACAGUUGGGCUCGCGGCGUUCUGGAGGCUCCCGAUGGCAAGGAUCAAGAGUCCUCGGCAGAAGAUGCUUUUUCAACAUACGCUAUCAAGAUGUGGGGACGCACGAUUGGUGACGAGGCUCUCGAGGCCAGAGGAAAUCUCCAGCUGGCUGUCACAGCUCGCAGCUUGCAGUCUUACUUCCUUCUCGCCAGCGACAACAAGGUUCAGCCGGAGAAGUUCGUCGACAACCGAGUAACGGGGAUCCUGUGGGAUCGAAAGGUCAACCACACAACCUACUUCGGCGACAAGACCAGCUUCAUCCAGGGUAUCCACAUGCUCCCCAUCGUCCCGAGCAGCGCAUACGUCCGGAAGCCGUCCUUUGUGCGUGAAGAGUGGGACCAGUAUUUCGCAGGGAACAAGAGUGGUGCGCUUUCUGGGGAAGGAUUCGUCGGCCAUGUCUACGUGAAUCUUGCCAUUGCUGACAAAGCUGGUGCGGUUGAGAGCUACAACUUCAUGAAGAGCCAGUCGGUGAAUAGCACCAACUUGGAUGGACAAAGCUUAGCUUGGCAUCUUGCGUACACAGCGGCAUUAGGUGGGAGCUUAGGCUCGAGGUCGCCACUCAAUUCGACAGUAGACGAAGUAGGCGAAUGA